AUGGAUGUCACUGGAUCCGACGAGCACAAUGACACCUCCACUCCGUCUUUUCCUGCUGUAGUGGUGAUCCCACAACCAUCUUCACCGCCCAUACCUACUCCACCGGUGAUCCCGCAGCCACCUCCUGCUCCAGUCGUAUCCUCACCAUCUACACCACAAACUGAAUCCACAGAACAGAGCUCCGCUGCCUCUGUUCCCACGCCAUUACCAUCCAACCCUGCGUCAGAAUCUGCUACGCCGUCCACUCCUUCUUCUCCAUCUCCUUCUUCACCGUCUCCACCUCCAUCUCCUCCUGCACCAGCUGCUGUUAUACCACCACCGCCGGUACCAAUACGUGCAAGCACUCGUACCCGAAAACCAGUCCAAAAGCUCAACCUUCACACUACGAUCACACGUUCACCUGACUGGAUUCCUGAAACUGUUGCAGAAGCUCUUAAAUGCCCUCAUUGGCGACAAGCCAUGAUUGAAGAGAUUAACUCUCAUAUUCGAAAUCACACUUGGCAUCUUGUACGUUAUACUGAUAUUUCAAAUCUUGUAGGUAAUCGAUGGAUCUUCACUAUCAAGCGGAAGGCUGAUGGCUCCAUUGAUCGAUACAAAGCUCGGCUUGUUGCACAAGGCUACAGCCAACGCCCCGGAAUUGACUACCAUGACACUUUCAGUCCAGUUGUCAAACCAGCCACCAUCCGGAUCGUUCUCAGCACUGCUACCUCUCGGGAUUGGCCGCUGAAACAACUAGAUGUUAAUAAUGCCUUUUUGCAGGGUCAUCUCCACGAUGAAGUAUACAUGAAGCAGCCAACCGGUUUUCAAGAUAAGGACAAUCCCGAUGCGGUUUGUAAGUUAAACAAAGCUAUCUAUGGCUUAAAGCAAGCUCCCCACACAUGGUACAAUGAGCUACACACGUUUCUUCUCCAAUCUGGAUUUAAGAACUCUAUUGCCGAUGCUUCCUUGUUUAUCUACAACAAAGAUGGUGUCCUCCUCUACAUGCUGGUGUAUGUCGAUGACAUCAUUAUCACCGGAAACAGUCAACCUCACAUUUCCCGGUUUAUCACUUCCCUCUCUCAACGUUUUUCUCUUAAGGAUUUGGGUGAUCUUUCAUAUUUCUUAGGAAUUGAAGUGAAACGCACAAAAGCUGGGCUACAUUUAACUCAAGAACGUUAUAUUGCAGAUUUACUUUGCAAAGCCAAUAUGACGAAUGCUAAAGCUGUGGGAACACCAAUGGAAUCCAACUCCACGCUCACACUUCUCUCUGGGCAGGCGUUAGAUAAUGCUACCGAAUACCGUACCAUUGUCGGAAGCCUUCAAUAUCUUUCACUUACACGACCAGACAUUUCCUUCUUGGUUAACAAGCUCUCACAGUUCAUGCAUCGCCCUACCAACACACAUUGGUCAGCUGCCAAGAGAAUUCUUCGGUAUCUCUCUGGAACGAAGUCCCAAGGGAUCUUCUUUAGUGCUACAAAUAAACCUGACCUCCAUGCUUUUACUGAUGCGGAUUUGGCUGGCAAUAAAGAUGACUACACCUCUACUAGUGCAUAUAUAGUUUAUCUCGACAGUCAUCCCGUAGCUUGGUCUUCAAAGAAACAAACAAGUGUAGCAAGAUCAUCCACAGAGGCAGAGUAUCGAGCCUUAGCAGCCACUACUGUAGAAAUAUGCUGGAUAUCUUCACUCUUGACAGAACUCGGCAUCACAGGCAGCUCCAAACCAGUCAUAUACUGUGACAACAUUGGUGCCACUUACCUUGCCGCCAACCCUGUGUUUCAUUCACGAAUGAAACAUAUCGCCCUUGACUAUCAUUUUGUCCGUCAGUUUGUUCAAAACGGCCAGCUUCGGGUCACACAUGUCUCCUCCGAAGACCAAUUAGCGGACGCACUCACCAAGCCACUUCCACGUGCACGUUUUCAACUUCUCUCCAUCAAGAUCGGAAUUUCUCACGGCCGUCCAUCUUGA